AUGGUGCUGAAUCGUUUCCUUUAUGGCUGUACGUCUAGCCACUUUACUGAUCGAUCAGUUGCGGCUGAGUUCUUGCGUGCUUCGAAACCCCUGGAUACGUACUCAGCCGCUACGACUUCUUCGAGGCUCUCCAAUGUUCCGGACGCCAUUCCGACCCGUGGAGAUAACAGCAGAACUACAACAAUGGCCAACCUCAUCGCAAAGCCCGUGGCGUACGAGCCGGCUCGAUCCUUGUCUGCGCCGUACCAGCCAGAGGUCUCCUUCCCUGUGGCAUUAGAGCUAUCCAAGGACGGCGUCUUUCAUUUUCAUGAAGGACUAACUAGAAAGGCGUGA